AUGCCCGAGGAUCUGCUUUACGAAUUGCUACCACUGCUCGGCUUCGCAAUGUGUGCUUCUAGUGCCUUGAUUCUGGUGGUAAUGAGAAAAUGCAAUGGUGCAUUUCGUUUUACGCUAUGGUUCGCCGUCAGUGAUCUUCUCGCAGGAUUAGCGACCGUUUACGCUGGAUUCUUUGGUGUCGUGUUGACCAUUUAUGGGAAAACAGGAGAAAUGCAAAAGCCGAGCAAAUGCCUUCAACGAGCGUUUCACGUAUCCGCUUGGUUAUUUUUUGACGUCUAUCAUUUAUUGUUACUUCUAAUGUUCUGUUUCGAUCGAUUAGUCUUCAUGGUUAUUCCGGUCGUUUAUGCGAGGGUAUCACGUACUUACUUGAACUGGAUUCUGGUGAUCCUUCUUGCAGUGCCGAGUUGUGCUCUUAUCGCACCUGCGUUUGCCUUAUCGAUUGAGUCGCUCCGUAACGACUCGAUGGUUAUUUCCUCGUUCUGUCGCAUCAAUAGCGUUACCGGAGAGGAAUAUUACGAAAAUCAUGUCAUGGCUUUACAGUAUCUGCCUAUUAUAGGUAUGGGCUGCAUCACAUUUUCUCUAAUUAUUUUCGGAAUUCGACGUCUAAAACAGAGUUGGUCGUAUAAUUGGUCAGAAGAGUCCGAACAUUCAAAGCAGCUCUAUGUCGCUUGUUUCCUGCGAUGUUUUCUCAUGGGGAUUUCUGUACAUAUCCCACUACUUAUCAUUUAUGAAGGUCCGGGAAUUGGACAGUUGGAUGAUGCUAAAGACUUCGUCAUAAGGAUACCUUGCUAUACAAUUGUUGCCGUUCUACAACCACUAUGGUACAUAUUGGCGAUGCCUGAAUUUUCCAACAACAUCAGCCUCUUAUUCAAUCAAUACGGUCAAAGCAAUGAAAGAAAAUGGCAAAGCGCCGAUGAUCCACCUCACAAUAUGGAGCACAUGGACCCUCAUGGAGAUGCGAAUCCAUUCGGAUCAUGGUAUUCAUCGGCUGGAAAUGUGACGGGAGAAGCCGGUAUACCAGUGGGGAACGAAAGGAGCAUUAGUUUUUACUACGAAAACAAUAAUUGA